UCAUGGAAGGAAGAGCAAGAGUCACUUUGCUGUUUCAGAUUAUGGUAUUGCCUCACAGGAAACACAGUGGAAAGGUUAAGAAGCUAAAAUACAGAAACAAAAUAAUUAAGAAAAAAACAAAAAGAAAAAAAAAAAAUAAAGUCAGGCAGGAAUAAGGUGGGCGUGAGAAGUAAAGCUAAACUACAAAUCAAAUGGGGCUCGUACGCUGUUGGGGUUUCCAUUCUCACCGAUUUCACCCGAGGGUUCUUAAUCGUGGCAGUAAAGUUUUCACAUUGGGCAUCUGACUUCUUCUCAUAACUAGAUUGUGCGGAGAGGACCUGUGUCAAUGAGAAUUCAAAAGGUUGGCCAUCGGAGUUUCAAACACAGUAAAACUUUUCCCUUAUCCAAUGCUGGAGAGAAGGAAAUAGAUGAUAACCCUGUCGCAGAGCCAGACUCGGGUGAUGAUUCUGAGGAUUUUGAGCUUCCUGAGUUGUGCUGUGAACUUGGCUUGGUAGAAGGUCAGGUGUGCAGCAUACCGUAUGAACUCUUUGAUCUGCCAGAUUUGAAGGAAAUAUUAUCAUUAGACACUUGGAAUUCUUGUUUAACAGAGGAAGAAAGGUACUGUCUGUCAGCUUACCUUCCAGAUAUGGACCAGCAGACUUUUUGUUUGACCAUGAAUGAGCUUUUUAAUGGUGCUGAUCUAUAUUUUGGGAAUCCCUUGGAUGUGUUUUUCAAAAGAUUGAAAGGUGGAUUCUAUCCUCCAAAAGUGGCUCGUCUCAGGGAAGCUUUGCAGUUUAUACAGAGGAGAAAAUAUUAUCAUUCAUUAAGAUCUUACCAUGACAGGAUGACACAAAUGUUCGUAGAAAUGAGAAGGACGUGGGAUCAGUGUGAAAUGAACUCUGGUGUUGAGGAAAAGAUUUCUAUGUGGAAAAAUAAGAGAAAACAGAAAGCCAUAAAUUUGCUUGAUCUUAACAAAUUUCCCAAGGAUGAUCAACUCUUAAUUGAGGAGGUUAGCUUGCAUACAGAGGGAAUGAAGCCAGUGGAGCGAAAGACGGCGAAAGAUGUUUUGCCCACUCUAUCUGCCAAUGGAGUGAAAUUUGCUCCAAAACAUAUAGCAAAGGGAGUUUUGAAGAUGAAGGCAUCUGUGAAUGGCUUAUUCCCAAAUCAUAAUCCGAAAAUAAUUGGCUGUGACAUUUUGGAGCAGUGUCGAUCUGUACCCAAGGGAUUGUUGAAAAUGGUACCUAAAGUUCCUUCUACCCGGCUGGAACAAUCCGAAAUGUUGCCGAGGGGAGCACAACCAACAUUUCUGGUCAGGACCCAAGGUUUGCCUUUAUUGCCAGCAUAUACACACUUUCCAGAUUCAGGUGGCCUUUAUGGAUCACCAUUUUUAAGGCAGAAGGUCGAUGGUAGCAGAGUUCAUUCUCUAAAUCAAUCUCAUUAUCUACUGAAUCAGCAAGAAAGUACUAUGAGAACCAGUAUUCAUUCAGAAAGCUCUACCAGCAAAAUCGAGAGGCAAAUAAUUCCUUCUCUAGAUAAUAUUAUGGUUUUAGGAAAACAAACUUUGUUGGCAGGUGAUAUGGGAAGGGACACUAAUGAGGAAUUUCCACCAAUGAAUCCAAUUAGUGUGAGACGUACCUUUGGUAUUGAUAGUUUGCGGCCACAUUUACACAAAGGAACUAAAGAUUUUUCCCUAAGAUCCUUGGAACCUUACCCAUUUGAUGUUCAAUAUCACAGCAGGCAACAGCGUAUGGCACUCAUGAAAGAUGAGCAUAUUACUGUAUAUCCAAGAAUUCCAGAAGCAGUUCCCAGAACUUCAGCAAUUGGUAAUAGUAAGCAGGAAGUGCUAAUGGCAUCUUCUGCUGAUCCAAUGAGAGGUGAGAGUGACACCAGUGGCAAAAAAGCAGAGAAACUAUUAAGCAGUUCCAGUGUUUCUGAGGGUUUUAAAGAUGAACAUAUGCUGCCUUUGACAUACAAGCGUAGAAAGGCUCUAGCUAAGACUAACUCAAUAGACACCGGCAAGACUAUAACAGCAGGAGCUGAUUUUAGCUGUAAUGAACGUCUGGAGGAGGGUGGAAAAGCAGUGAAGAUAAAAUUCACAGGGUGGAAAGAUAUGCCCCUGAAUGAGGAACCUUGAGCAACAAAUCAAGGACUAAAUUAGGUAUUCUUACUGAUACUAAUAUCAAAUUUCUAGUAGUAGUUUUUGUAAGUCACUUUGUACUAUAUGCUUGUCAAAUGUGUAAAUAAAAGUAUAGCAGUAAAUGAAUAUUCCUUCGGUCAAUAUAUCCAUGCGGGUGCACUUGUGUUCUCUGA